AUGUUCAAUUAUAAUAGUUCAAUAAGAAUGAUACAAGUGAAUCAUUCAUUAUUUUUUCCUAUGAACAAUAAAGUUUUAACACAUUUUACAACGGAACCAGUUGAAAUUUAUUUACCGAGUAUUAUUACUUCAACUAUAUUACUUAUCAUUAUUUCUAUGAUUGGAACAAUAGGUAAUAGUCUUGUUGUAUGGGCAUUUACAAAACAAGUUAAACAAGGUAUUAUUUCUGGCUUAUUUAUUCUAUUAUUGGCUUGUAAUGAUUUAUUUAUUUGUCUUAUUGUAAUUCCAUGUACAUUAUAUUUAGAUAUUUGGACAGGGGAUACAACUGAUUGGAUAUGUCGUGCACAUUUAACAAUGAAAGGAUUUGUUGUACCUGUUUCAGCAUGUAUAUUAAUGUUGAUAGCAAUGGAAAGAUUUUUAUUAAUCUGUUUCAUUCCUGUCAUUAUAUUUUGCAUUGGUUUAUUAUGUGCUAUACCAAUGGGAUUACAUGUUCGUGCAAUUGAUUUAUUUAAAGAACGUGAUGAAUUAUUAGAUUUAAAUACAUUGAAAUAUGGAUUAUCCACUAUGGAAAAUAUUAUGUCCUUUGUAUUAUUUCUUGGAACAGCUGGUGUAUAUGCACUGAUCUUUCUAUUUGUCUGGAGGCAUGAAUCAUUUAUGUAUGAGAAAUAUGGUAAUCCAAAAAUGAAAGGCAAUUGGGUACGUAUACAUGCUACACCAAAUUCUUCAGGUGAUAUAAAUGAAUCCAAAUGUAAUUCAAUUAAGAAACGAAUAUCAUUUCGUAAAAAGUUAAAAGAAUCAAAUGAUUUACAAAAUGAACAAGAAGAUAAACAAAAUUCUAGUGUCUUUGAACAUGAAGAAAGACAACAAUUGGAACUUCAGGACCGUCAACAAUAUGGACAGAGUUGCUUUGAACACUUGUCUAGUUUAUCAUUACCUCAACCAUAUCUAAAACAACAAACUUUGAGAAUUCAUCAACCUCUAACAGAUAUGACAACAUCGACAAGUUUUGUCACAUCUAAUUUAGACAGAAUAAGUUGUGUGUGUUUAUGUGAAAGAGAUAAUAACAAUGGAUUGAUUAAAACUAGUCAGUGUUCAAUUCCUAAAGAUAAACUAUUCAAUGACAAUAAUACUGAUAAAGAUAAUGAAGAGUCAGAUUGUUUAAAGCUACCUGGCAAUAAGAAAACCCAGUGUACUAUAGAAAUAAAUAAUCCUCAAUUAUCAAGAAUUGAAUUGUCAGCAGCUAAUCUAGAACGUAGACGUAAACCACAUGUUCGUACAGCUCAAACAUUAGCAUUAGUUGCAGCAAAUUUCAUUAUAUCUUAUACACCAUAUCUUGUUUAUACAACAAUGCCAAUACAAAAAAGACAAGUAGUUCUUUUAAAAGAUAAACCACAUUGGACUAUUCAAGUAAGACGUAUACUAUUUUACAUGUAUUUCAUUAAUUCUGCAUUGAAUCCAAUCAUUUAUUCUUGUAUGAAUAGACAUUUUCGUGUUUGUAUAAUAAAGUUUUAUACAGAUUUAAAGAUAACAUUGUAGUGUCGCUUGACAUGUCAGGCCCCCAUAUUCCUUAUUCUGGCUUUCGGACAGGUCAAUCUACUCAUUGUACUUGAGUCAUAUUUUUACCGUGUUAACUAUUCGCUUACCAAUCUUGACUGUUUUUAUAUGAGCGCAUAUCUGUGUGUAAAUUUCUUAUCCUAUUCAUCAUAUGUCUGUAACUUAUUUUUGUGUGAUUAUACAUAUUGAUUAACUCUUGGUUAAAAGGGGAGUUGGCUUCCUAGCCAUCUCCAUUCUGCGUCUUUUCUCUUCGUUCUGUUCCAUUCGCUUUAUAUAAAAAAUAUGUGUAUUCAAAAGUCC